ACGGUUCCCUUCGGCUGCUGACCGGGGGAGCCCACCCGCGGAGCCACCAUGAAUUCGGUGGCCGGGAGCAAGGACAGGGUCGCGGUCACGGCGCGGAGCAGAAAAUAUGGGGUGACCGAGCCCUGCUCGCCCACCAAGCCCGCCGCGCCCUUCUCCCCCGAGAGCUGGUACCGCAAGGCUUACGAGGAGUCCCGCGCAGGGAGUCGCCCGGUCCCGGAGGGAGCCGGCUCGGCGCUCGGCUCCUCCGGCACCCCGUCCCCCGGCUCCGGCACCUCCUCGCCGGGCUCCUUCACGGGCUCCCCUGGGCCAGCCUCGCCCGGCAUCGGCACCAGCUCCCCAGGCUCUCUGGGCGGCUCGCCAGGCUUCGGCACCGGCUCGCCGGGUUCCGGUAGCGGCGGCGGCUCCUCACCGGGCUCCGACCGCGGCGUCUGGUGCGAGCACUGCAACGCCCGCCUGGCGGAGCUGAAGAGGCAGGCGCUGAAGCUGCUCAUCCCCGGGCCCGUCAGCAGCAAGGACCCAGGUUUCUCUUCAGUGAUUCACGAGAAACUCCAAGUUCCCAAUACUAUUCGGAAGGCAUGGAAUGAGAAGGACAACAGAUGCGACGUUUGUGCCACACACUUGAACCAGCUGAAGCAAGAGGCCAUUCAGAUGGUGCUGACCUUAGAGCAGGCUGCCAACUCAGAACAUUACGAUGCCUCUCCAGGAUCACCCCCACCCCUCUCUAAUAUUCCCACACUAGUCAGCUCCCGGCACGUGGGCAGCUUACAGCCCAGGGACUGGGCAUACAUGCCUGCACCUUAUGCUACAUCUAAUUAUACAGGCUUUGUUGCCAACAAGCACAGUGGAAAACCCAACAGUCUAGGAAUUGUUAAUGGGGUGGAGAAGAAAAAUGGCUCUCCUGGACACCAAGCCAAGGUCAGCUUUCAAAUGGCCACCAGCCCCAGCAAUGGUAACGUUCUCAAUUCUGUGGCUAUCCAAGCUCAUCAGUACCUCGAUGGCACUUGGUCUUUGUCAAGAACGAAUGGCGUUACUCUAUAUCCCUACCAAAUAUCUCAGCUUAUGACAGAGACUAGUCGAGAGGGCCUGACUGAAGCAGCAUUGAACCGCUACAAUGCAGAUAAACCCUCCUUGUACAGCUUCCCUGCUUCCCAGAGCACAUAUGUUGCUGCUGAUGUAUCCACAGGCACCUCGGUGGCAGCAUCUUUUUUUGCCAGAGCCGCUCAGAAAUUGAACCUGUCCUCCAAAAAGAAGAAGCACAGGCCUUCUGCAUCAUCUGUUCCUGAGUCUCCUCUCUUCACUACCAGCUUCAGCAGUAUCCUUCAGGCUUCCCCACCCCCUGCACCACCUUGUUUGUUGAGAGCAGUCAGCAAAGUGAAAGACACCCCUGGUGUGGGCAAGGUCAAAGUCAUGGUGCGCAUUUCUUCCACGCUUGCCAGAGACACAUCUGAGUCCAGCUCUUUCCUAAAAGUUGACCCCCGUAAGAAGCAAAUCACGCUCUAUGACCCAGUAACCUGUGGAGGUCAGAAUGCUUUCCAGAAAAGGGGCAACCAGGUUCCACCCAAGAUGUUUGCUUUUGAUGCAGUUUUUCCCCAAGAUGCAUCACAGGCUGAAGUAUGUGCUGGGACUGUGGCUGAGGUGAUCCAGUCAGUGGUCAAUGGUGCAGAUGGCUGCGUGUUCUGCUUUGGCCAUGCCAAACUUGGGAAGUCGUACACCAUGAUUGGCAAGGAUGAUUCCAUGCAAAACCUCGGCAUAAUCCCUUGUGCCAUCUCCUGGCUCUUCAAGUUGAUUAAUGAACGCAAAGAGAAGACAGGAGCGCGCUUCUCAGUCCGAAUUUCUGCAGUGGAAGUGUGGGGGAAAGAAGAAAAUCUUAGAGACCUGUUAUCUGAAGUGGCUACAGGAAGCCUGCAGGAUGGCCAGUCCCCAGGUGUCUACCUUUGUGAGGAUCCCAUCUGUGGCAUGCAGCUCCAGAACCAGAGCGAGCUCCGUGCCCCUACAGCAGAGAAGGCCGCCUUCUUCCUGGAUGCCGCUAUCGCCUCGCGGCGUGGCAGCCAGCGGGACUGCGACGAGGAGGAUCACCGCAACUCCCACAUGCUCUUCACCCUGCACAUCUACCAGUACCGCAUGGAGAAGAGCGGCAAAGGCGGAAUGUCUGGAGGUCGCAGCCGCUUGCACCUUAUUGACCUGGGGAGCUGUGUGAAAGUGCUCAGCAAAAACCGGGAGGGAAGCUCUGGCCUCUGUCUCUCGUUGUCAGCUCUGGGCAAUGUCAUCCUUGCCCUCGUCAAUGGAAGCAAACAUAUCCCGUACAAAGACAGCAAGCUCACCAUGUUGCUUCGAGAGUCCCUGGGGAAUAUGAACUGCCGCACCACAAUGAUAGCUCACAUUUCAGCCACUGCGGGGAACUACGCUGAGACGCUGUCCACCAUCCAGAUUGCAUCCAGAGUCCUCAGGAUGAAGAAAAAGAAAACUAAGUACACAUCGAGUUCUUCUGGAGGAGAGAGCUCUUGUGAGGAGGGUAGGAUGCGUCGGCCGACCCAGCUGAGACCCUUCCAUUCUAGAAACACCGUUGACCCAGACUUCCCUAUUUUGCAUUUAUCAAGUGAUCCUGAUUAUUCAUCCAGCAGUGAGCAGUCCUGUGACACAGUGAUUUAUGUUGGCCCCAAUGGCACUGCACUUUCUGAUAAGGAGCUGACAGAUAAUGAAGGUCCUCCUGACUUUGUUCCUAUAGUUCCUGCACUGCAGAAGACCAAAAAUGAGGGCAGGAUGGAGGAAGGUAGUGAAUCGGGGCCCAGCACAUCUGAAAGAGAUUGCCUGAAGUGCAACACCUUUGCAGAGCUCCAGGAGAGGCUGGAUUGUAUAGAUGGCAGUGAAGAGACUAACAAAUUCCCCUUUGAAGAGAUGCCUGCUCAGUUUAGCUCAGACCAGAUGUCUAAGUGCUCUGUCUCAAGCCAACUCGCAGAGCUUAGUCACUUACCAGCGUCAGAUAAGGAAGAUACGAUGCCAGAAUGUCAGCAUCUUGAUAGAGAAGCCAAGGAAAAUAUAAAUGCUACCCCCAGCAAAACUAAGAGAAAUCACUCCCCCAUUCCUUCUGGAGCUCUUACUAAUAUUUCUACCCCUCCUUCUCCCAGGAGCGUGACAGGCAGCUCUAGUAAAGAGCUUAGCUCUUGCCAGUUAGCACACAGCACCAGCUUGCAGAGCAGCAGAGAAGGUCUCAACACCUGUGGCUUUGUGGAAGGGAAACCAAGGCCAAUGGGUUCACCCCGGCUUGGCAUUGCGAGCCUCUCCAAGACAUCUGAGUACAAGCCACCAACUUCUCCUUCCCAGAGGUGCAAAGUCUAUACACAGAAAGGAGUUCUUCCCAGCACCACACCCCCACCAGCUUCCCUGAGUAAGGACAAUGAGAUGACAUCUACUGAAUCUUUGUUACAGCCAGAAAUACGGACUCCACCUGCAGGAAUGAGCCCUCAGAUCAUGAAGAAGUCAGUGUCUUCCAGCAAUGGGGAUUCUGAAGAGACCAUUCUCAGUGAAGACCAGCAACAAAACCAUUCUCCUGAAUCCAAGAAGGAGAUUCUAAGCACUACUAUGGUGACUGUGCAGCAGCCACUGGAACUGAAUGGGGAGGACGAGCUGGUGUUCACCCUUGUAGAAGAGCUAACCAUUAGUGGGGUCCUUGACAAUGGGCGCCCAACCAGUAUCAUCAGUUUUAACAGUGACUGCUCUGUGCAGGCUUUGGCCUCUGGGUCUAGGCCAGUCAGUAUUAUCAGCAGCAUAUCUGAAGAUCUUGAAUGUUACUCCAGUGCAGCUCCUGUGUCUGAGGUCAGCAUCACACAGUUCCUUCCACUUCCAAAGCUGGGCCUGGAUGACAAGUCCCAGGAUGAUGGCAGCAGACGCUCAUCUAUCAGCUCAUGGUUGAGUGAAAUGAGCACAGGGAGUGACGGUGAGCAGUCAUGCCACAGUUUCAUUGCCCAGGCAUGCUAUGGGCAUGGAGAAGCAAUGGCAGAACCUCCUGUCUCCGACUUUGCAAGCACCAUACAAAGUGCCAGCAUGAUUUGUGUAGGUGACAAACAGAAGCCAGUAACCGACAACAUGCUUAUAUUGUCAGAAAUGGGGGAACAAGCUUUCAGCAAAGUGCCACCCAUCAAAGGCUGUAAAAUAUCAGCUUUAGGGAAAACUACUGUCACAAUUAAAAACACUGCUAGCCUCAACAGCUGUGAGGGCUACUUCCCAAUGAAGACAAACAUUACUGUUUAUCCAUGUAUUGCUGUUAAUUCCUUCAAAGCACAAGACACUGAUGAUGCUGUAUCGGUAAAUGCAGACCCAAAGGUUGCUCAUCCCCAUGAGGGGAAAGAACCCAAUGCUAAAAAAGAUAUCAAAUUUGAAGAUCCUUGGCUGAAGAGACAAGACGAUGUAAAAAAUGACAGCUCUGGGAGCAGUGAUGGGUUGAGUUCUGACAUGACCACGAUUUCAGCCAAAUCUGAGCAGAGCACAAAGCAGUCUCCAGCAGACAGGUUUAGCAGCAGCAGCAGCAGUGGGGAUGCCUCUGUCUCCCCAGGAUGUGAUAGUCUGAAGAGAAUUGUGGAUGGGUGUGAGAUGGCAGCAUCUGGCUCUGCAACCCAGAGUCCAAUUCAUUCCAGUGAUGGCUUGAAGGUGGGCAGCCUCCCUCGAGGGCUGCCUCCAAAGGCAAGCAAGCCAGAGGAGUCCGAUAGUCACUUCCAUUCUGCUGCCUCUGACAGCAAUGGAGUUGUUUCUCCUGCCCACACCCAAUUUUCUAAGGCCAGCCUAGACAAAAAAGUGGCCUCUCCCAAACAUUGUGUCCUCACUCGCCCCAAAGGGACACCUCCUCUGCCUCCAGUGAGAAAGUCAAGUUUGGAUCAGAAGAACAGAGCCAGCCCCCAGCACAGUGCUACCAGCAGCACCACCAGCAGUCCCUCUGGCCAGUCUGUGCCUUUCCAGGCCAGCUUCCCCGAGGAGCUGAAUGCCAAACCAAAAGGCCCUGGCAUUGACAACAGCAGCAACAACAGCAGCAGCAAGCUGUUCAGUGCCAAGCUGGAGCAGCUCGCCAGCAGGACCAACUCCCUUGGAAGGUCCACAGGAAGUCACUACGAGUGUCUGUCACUGGAGAGAGCAGAAAGCCUGUCCUCCGUGAACUCCAAAAUGAACCCUAGCAAAGACACCACCAUGCCUAGGACUGGAAGGAGCGUCAGCCGCAGUGUCAUGUCCUCACCAACCAACUCAGCUCUCUCCCAGUCUGCAGGAGCGUCGCCAAAAGCUGGACAGUCAAAGAUCUCAGCAGUCAGCAAGCUCCUGUUGGCAAGUCCCAAGGCCCGAAGCCUGUCUGCCUCUGCUACCAAAACACUCAGCUUUUCAACCAAGUCUCUGCCUCAGUCUGUUGGGCAGAGUUCCAGUUUGCCUCCAAGUGGGAAGAAUAUGUCCUGGUCAACACAGUCCCUCAGCAGAAACCGAGGCUCUAGCCUUGCUUCUAAAUUGCCUCUGCGGGCUGUCAAUGGACGGAUUUCAGAGCUGCUCCAAGGCAGUGCCAGCUCCAGAGGCUUGCAGCUCCGAGGAAACGUGGAAGCAGAUGAGCGCGGUGGCCUUCAUGGAGAGGAGAAGCCAGCAGUUCAUGUGCUGCCAUCUCCUUACAGCAAGAUCACUCCUCCUCGGAAGCCUCAUCGUUGCAGCAGUGGUCAUGGGAGUGAUAACAGCAGUGUCCUGAGUGGGGAGCUGCCCCCCGCCAUGGGGAAGACUGCCCUGUUCUACCACAGCGGAGGCAGCAGCGGCUAUGAGAGCAUGAUGAGGGACAGCGAGGCAACAGGGAGCGCCUCUUCUGCACAAGAUUCCAUGAGCGAGAACAGCAGCUCAGCCAGCGGCAGGUGCCGGAGUCUCAAAACACCGAAGAAACGAUCAACCACAGGCUCCCAGAGACGGAGGCUGAUUCCAGCUUUAUCACUUGACACCGCUUCCCCAGCAAGGAAGCCUGCCAACAGCCCUGGGGUCCGCUGGGUGGAUGGGCCCCUGCGAAGUGCACAGAGGGGGCUGGGGGAGCCCUUUGAGAUCAAAGUCUAUGAGAUAGAUGAUGUGGAGAGACUCCAGCGGCGACGAGGUGGAGACAGCAAGGAAGUGAUAUGUUUUAAUGCCAAGCUGAAAAUCCUGGAGCAUCGCCAGCAGAGAAUUGCUGAGGUCAAGGCCAAGUACGAGUGGUUAAUGAGAGAACUGGAGGUGACCAAACAGUACCUGAUGCUGGAUCCUAACAAAUGGCUCAGUGAAUUUGAUCUGGAGCAGGUAUUUGAGCUGGAUUCUCUGGAGUACCUGGAAGCCCUGGAGUGUGUGACUGAACGUUUGGAAAACCGUGUCAACUUCUGCAAGGCUCAUCUCAUGAUGAUCACCUGUUUUGACAUCACCUCCAGACGCAGAUAGAGAGCGAAUCUCAAGAGAAUUUCAAUGCACAUCUCUGCCAUCCUCCUUUUCCCUUCUGAAUAGCAUCCCAAAGAAAGCAGAAUGAGGAUGAAGGUUGGAGUCAAGUCUCAAUUGUGUGUAUGAGAGAUUUGCUUUACUAUAGAAGAGUAAUAUUAAAAAAUAACAGGACACGCAUGAAAAAAUGGAGAUAGAAGGAUGUUGAUUCUCUUAGCCUAAAAGAGCACUUUGAGGAACCCUUAAGGACAUGUCUGUAAAUAAGAACUGCUGGCAGAAGAGACUUCUUUCCCUGCAUUAGCUGAG